AUGGCGGGCCCCGAGCAGCAGACCACAUCUUCCGGCCGGAAUCGUGGAUUCAGCGUCAAGUCUGGAUCAUCCCAUAAAUCCAGCGCCUCCGGCCACAAGUCUCAUCUCUCCGAAUCCUCCCAGGAAAAACAUCGCCGCAGUCUCCAGACCAAGGCCGAUCCGACAGUCGCAAUGAACGAAUUACAACCCAUGGCGGUCGCAUUGGAAAAAUCCAACCUCGGGUCUCUGCGCGCAAUGGAGCACAAGGAUCAGUAUGGCAAUCCCAUCACCGACCCCGACUGGUCCAACCCCACGCGUCCACGCCACGAGCGUCCGCUGGAUACGAUCCGCUCAUUCGAAGCAGCUAUCUAUGGCACUUAUGUCAACAAUCGUCCAGGUUCAUAUAUCCGUACGGCAGAUGAUGCGGCGUCGCAGAUGGGCGACUAUACCAGUCGCCGAACAAGCUACCAUGGAGGUCAGAAUGGCGGAUACCCUAAUCGUGGGCACAACGACCAAGCCUACUACGGCCGCAACGCGCAGUCCCGCCCGGGCAGCGUGAUCGAUGGCUAUGGCAGUUCCAGCCAGGCCCCCGAAAGUUACUACCCAUAUAAUCAAAAUGGCAAUAGUCGGCGCCCACGUCAUAUGUCACGAAUGUCAACGGACCAGAGUGGCAACGGCUACGGCGGGCACCACGCGUAUCAGCAACAGAAUUAUGACCGGUCGCACGACAACGUCGCGGCUAUGUCUGGAUCGGGCUCGGGCUACACAGACUCGUACGGACAAUCCACCGAUCCCAGCAGUCUCAACAGUUCCAUGGACCAACUGCAGCAGCAGGCCUGGCAGCAACAGCAACAACAACGGUCCGAUGAGCGUGGGUCUCCCGGAUAUGGCUCUCAAGGCUAUGGUGCAUCCGCCAUGAACGGUCAAGGAAGGGGCGCCGCGUCGAGCACUUCCGCAAUGCCCGGAUGGGGCCCCUCGGCGGCUGGAACGCCUAGCAAGGGACCACCACCGCUGCCCAAGCCUCAGACGCAAGAUGGAGAUAAGAGAAAGAGUUGGUUCAAAAAGCGUUUCAGCAAGGGGUGA